GGGGCCGGGCGGGGGGCUGGCGGCAGCGGCGGAUGGACUCGCGGGUAUCGGAGCUGUUCGGCGGCUGCUGCCGGCCCGGAGGAGGCCCGGCCGUGGGCGGAACCCUUAAGGCAAGGGGGGCCGGCGGCAGCAGCGGCUGCGGGGGCCCGAAGGGGAAAAAGAAGAACGGAAGGAACAGAGGAGGCAAAGCCAACAACCCUCCGUACCUGCCCCCCGAGGCUGAAGAUGGAAACAUCGAAUAUAAACUGAAGCUGGUGAAUCCAUCCCAGUACCGCUUUGAGCACCUGGUGACACAGAUGAAGUGGCGGCUCCAGGAGGGCCGCGGUGAGGCUGUCUACCAGAUUGGGGUAGAGGACAAUGGGCUGCUGGUGGGGCUGGCUGAGGAGGAGAUGCGGGCAUCCCUCAAGACCCUACACCGGAUGGCAGAGAAGGUCGGGGCAGACAUCACUGUUCUCCGGGAGCGAGAAGUGGAUUAUGACAGCGACAUGCCCCGGAAGAUUACCGAGGUGCUGGUACGAAAGGUCCCUGACAACCAACAGUUCCUAGACCUCCGUGUGGCCGUCCUGGGCAAUGUGGACUCAGGGAAGUCGACUCUGCUUGGAGUCCUGACCCAGGGAGAGCUGGACAAUGGGCGGGGCCGGGCUCGACUCAACCUUUUCCGCCACCUGCAUGAGAUUCAGUCUGGCCGAACCUCCAGCAUCAGCUUCGAGAUCCUGGGCUUUAACAGCAAGGGAGAGGUGGUGAAUUACAGUGACUCACGGACGGCAGAAGAGAUCUGUGAAAGCAGCUCCAAGAUGAUCACCUUCAUCGACCUGGCAGGCCACCACAAGUACCUACACACCACCAUCUUUGGCCUCACCUCAUACUGCCCUGACUGCGCCCUGCUCCUCGUCAGUGCUAACACUGGGAUUGCUGGCACCACAAGGGAACAUCUGGGGCUAGCCCUGGCCCUGAAAGUGCCCUUCUUCAUCGUGGUCAGCAAGGUGGACCUAUGUGCCAAGACCACAGUGGAGAGGACGGUACGACAGCUAGAGCGGGUCCUCAAGCAGCCUGGCUGCCACAAGGUCCCCAUGCUGGUCACCUCCGAGGAUGAUGCUGUCACGGCUGCCCAACAGUUUGCCCAGUCACCCAAUGUCACUCCUAUCUUCACACUGUCCAGCGUGUCUGGAGAGAGUCUGGACCUGCUCAAAGUCUUUCUGAAUAUCUUGCCACCACUUACCAACAGCAAGGAGCAGGAGGAACUCAUGCAGCAGCUGACAGAGUUUCAGGUGGAUGAAAUCUACACAGUACCAGAGGUGGGGACUGUUGUUGGAGGAACACUUUCCAGUGGGAUUUGCCGUGAGGGAGACCAGCUGGUAGUGGGCCCCACGGACGAUGGCUGCUUCCUGGAGCUGAGAGUAUGCAGCAUCCAACGCAACCGCUCUGCCUGUCGUGUGCUGCGAGCUGGUCAGGCUGCUACGUUGGCCCUCGGGGACUUUGACCGUGCACUUCUUCGCAAGGGCAUGGUGAUGGUGAGCCCCGAGAUGAAUCCCACCAUCUGCUCAGUGUUCGAGGCAGAGAUAGUUCUACUGUUCCAUGCCACCACGUUCCGGCGAGGCUUCCAGGUGACAGUACAUGUGGGCAACGUACGUCAGACAGCAGUGGUGGAAAAGAUCCAUGCCAAGGACAAGCUGCGGACAGGGGAGAAGGCAGUGGUACGUUUCCGCUUCCUGAAACACCCAGAGUACCUGAAGGUGGGCGCCAAGCUGCUGUUCCGGGAGGGUGUCACCAAGGGCAUCGGCCAUGUCACUGAUGUGCAAGCCAUUGCAGCAGGAGAGGCCCAGGCCAACAUGGGCUUCUGAACUCCUCCAGGCAGGCACAGCUCUACUGCCGUCCCCACAAUAUAUAAGGUGACUUUUGGCCAUGCUGCCCCCGCUGUUGGUGGCUCUGUGUGUUAAUAGGCUAGGGAGAGACCGGUGCCCUCUGCCCCUUGCUCCCUGCCACCUUUCUGGAGAGGUGCCAAGCUUGUUGUGGCCAGGGAUGGGCAGUCCUGAGGUUCUCAAGAAGACAGGAGAAUUCAGGGCAGUGCUCAGCAGCUUUGUGUCCACCUGGUUGGCUCAUCAACCCUGGGAACUCCACGGCCUGUCUACCGGAGGGAGCUGACCACCACCACCUUGGCCCCACUGUCUGGACUGGGCAUGAUCUGCUGGUGUGGUCCCUGCACUUCAGGAAUUGUCACAACAACUGGGGUGGUCCUCAAAAGCACUCCUUUUUGUAUACCUCUUCUCAAGGCCAUGUAAGUUGCCCAUCUCUACUUGACUGUGGACAAAAGACAGCUGCUCCCGGGUCUGAAGCUGGCCCAGCUGGCCCAGAGUCUGAAGAAAUGGCACAGGGGCAGUGCUCCCACCUUGUGCUGAGACAUGAGGUCUUGGCCCAGAGUCUGAAGAAAUGGCACAGGGGCAGUGCUCCCACCUUGUGCUGAGACAUGAGGUCUGUUCCUCAGCUUUGUCUCCCUUCCCUUCACUCAAGGGCCAUUCUCCAUUUUUCUGCUCAUAGGCCCCACAGGUGCUAUUUGUUGUGCUGGCCCAGGAGUGGGGCUGCCGAGCUGAGGCUUGGCAUACCGAAGGUCAGCUGCAUGUCAAUCAGUCUCGUCCCUUCCUCUGCAGUGAUUUGUUGGUUUUAAUGCUGGAUCAAACAGUGUUUUACUUUCCCAGACUAGUGACUGGGGACCUGACCCACAGCUCCCCAUCCUGCCAUCCUUUACCCCCUCCACCCUUCCUGCUCCCAUGUUAAAUCCUCCCUCUGUUGCAGGGAGCCUGGGGGAAAGGGAAAGAUGUUGCCAUAUUUCCUACACUUUAGGGCAUGGACUCCUUCCUUUCCCUUUGUUAAUGUCCUGGGUUCCCCGGACUCAGGGAUUUGUUGGUUCAGGUUUCUCUGCAUAUACAUAUAUAUAUAAAUAUAAAUAUAAAUAUAAAUAUAUACAUACAUAUAUAUAUUUAAAUACACACAUAUAUAUUGUACAGAAUAAAAAUGUUUUAUUGAAUACACUGUGCUUAUGCUUAAGAUAUGGGCUCAGCUUCCAGGGCUAGAUUCCUCUUCAGGAUUAGAGACAAGUGAAACCCUAGCACCACUGAGCCCUGGAUGGAGAAAAGAGCCCAUCUGGUAUCAUUUACCAUUCUCCCUUUCCUGUCCCUCCCAGCGAUCAUCGUUCCAGUAUUGUGACCUGGGUAUUCUGGCUUAUUUGCAUUGCUCUUGAGCAAGCAGAAUAGAAAGUGAAACCGCUGCCUUUUCAGCUGAGACAGGUAACCAGCCCGCACUUGAGGAGUUGGCCACUUGCUAUGGUCACAGUGAUGAGGAGCCCACUUCUGUGCCAUGUCAGAGAUGUGGAGAUUAGCAUAUGAGCUACUUAAUGAAGAGUGAAAUUUAAGAGUCACGUUAAUCUGGCUCUCACGCUCUCCCUAGCAAUGCAGAAAAGCUCGAAGUGAGGUUUACAUAGCCUAAAUUGGCUUCUUGGAACCACCUGGCCACACCUUAGUCGUUUCUUCGUGUUUCUGUGUUCAGAGUACCUGAUGGUCAUGUUUUAUGGGACUGCGUUUUGAGCAGUGAUCCUUGCAAAAGAAAUUUAAUGAUAAAUGUGGCCCAAUGUCCAGCGAGGCAUUCUGUCUCCAGGGUAUUAAAGUAAAAGCUUCCUUAACUA